AAUAAUAAUAACAAUAAUUUACCCUGGAUUCAGAAUCAUUGGUGUUUUAAUUGGAAUUUAGGGUUCUGAGAAUUGAAUAAAAUUGGGUGUUUUUCUUUGCACAAUUUUGAAAAUUUGGAAUUAGGGGUUCUGUGUUUGUUUUGACGCUGUGGAUUAUUCUUAUGUAAAAUUUUCAAUUAGGGGUUUGAGGGUGUUCUUUGUUGCAGAUUAUCAUAAGGGUUGUGAUUUACAGCUGAGCGUUUUGGUGUUUCAAGGAAGGAUUCAAGAGUUUAAAAUGUUUCCAAUUGGUUUUCUUCAAUUCUUCAUCUCUUGCUCUGUGACGAUUCUAAUAGGUGUUUGAGGCAGGGGGUCAUCGACUAAAGAAUUGGGUUAGUGUUUUUGUAUUUGUUCUCUUCAAUUUUCAUCUCUGAGAAUCAGUAGUUGAAAUUGUUUUAGGGAAUUUGUUAAAGGAGAGGUUUUUGGUGUUUGAAGGAUGUGUUACACUGUUUGAAGUUUUCAAUAUUGUUUUUUUUCAAUUCUUCAUCUCUUGCUCAGUGAAGAUUCUAACAGAGAUUGGAGUGUAUGUCAGAUUAUUGAACCAGGUGUUUGUGCAGUUGUGUUUAAUAAGUUCCCAUUCUUUGUGAAGGUUGAAUUAAUGUUUUUUUUGUAUGGUACUUUGAGCUUUCAUUGGUUUUGAAACCUUGAUUUCCCAUACAUUAAACUCUAAUUCUUAUUCUUCCCCUGUCUGAGAUCUUGUCUUGGAGAACAUGCCUAGAACAACACGAUCUUCCGGCUCAUCAAAUCUUCGGAAUCACCAUUUUCAUAGCACAGAUUCAACUCCCGAGAUCACAGAUUUACCUCUUGGUUCUCCCCCUCCUUCUCAACCCUUAUCUGUUUCACAACGGUACAAGUUCCAUUUAUCGUUUAAGAACUUUGAUGACUGCACUGGUGGUAUAGGGGGUAGGGAAUAUGCUAAGAGUGCUAUCUUUAAACACUUAAAAGAUAGACACUUUCCUGAUGAAGCUAGCAGUGAGGUUUGUCGAGAGCGAAUUAAGAAUAAUGUUAACUGCUUUGUUACUUGGGAAAGGGUUUUGAAUGAUAUGCAGGGUUGGUUAUGCAUUAAAUGCUUACGUAUACAUGCAUGGAGAAUGACUUGCAGGUCACAGAUUCAUCCUGCAGAAGACAUUGCUGGUCCUUUCAAUGGUUUAAGCGCAGAUUUCCUCAUUCAUGGAGCUGAGAAACCACAAGUUGAGUCCCCUGUCACAGUUGAUACUACUGAGACUAAUACUCCUGUGGUGGACGAUGUUGCUGCUGGUCUCACCGUGGAAUUGCUUAACAAUAUGCUGCGUAAACAGAUCACAACUACUGUAAGUAUCCCACCGCCUAGCAGGCUGCAUUUCUCGCGAGCCUUGAAGUCUGCUCUUGAUUAUGUGCUUGCAAGCCCUAAGAAUCUUGCUGCUUGGAUACAAUUGUUGUUACUGCCUACUUGCACCUUGAAUUCGUACGAACCAAAAAGCUCCAGGGAAGAACGAUCUGGCAACAAGAGAAAGUUACAGAUAGAUGCAAUAAAUAGGGAUUUUAUGUGCUGGAAAGAGCCUUCUGGUUGCUUUAAUUUGGCUUAGCAACUGCUCGGCCUACCUAAGAGAGCUCCUAGAAAACAACAACCUGGUAAGAAAAAGAAAAAUACUAAGUUGUCAGCUUGCAGGAGGAAACUAAGUAACGGCCACUAUACUGCAGCCAUCUGUAUCCUUUCCUACAAUGGUUUAGCUCCACCAACUCCGGAUACGCUAUUUGGACUCCAACAAAAACACCCAUUUGCUCGGCCUCCUAUCAUACCAGCAGAAGAUUUUACUGCUCCUGCUUUAUCUGUUGAUGCAAAGGAUGUUCUUACGGCCGUUAAGGGUACUUCCUGUGGGAGAAACGAACUUAGGUCUCAACACUUGUUGGAUGCCAUGAGUGGAGCUGGCGCAACCGUUGCUGAUGAAUUGCUUCAAUUUAUCACCGGUGUGGUGAAUCUUUGGCUUGCUGGGAAUUGCCCUCCCAUCCUUCGUGACCUUGUAGCCAGUGCUCCCUUAACCCCAUUACUCAAACCUGAUGGAGGGUUGCGGCCUAUAGCAGUAGGGACUAUUUGGAGGAGACUGUGUUCAAAAUUAGCAGCCACCUCGGUUUGUAAAGCUAUGAAUUCAUAUCUGGGAAAAUAACAAUAUGGUGUUGGUAUUCCGUGCGGUGGUGAACCUAUUCUGCACUCUGCUAAUAGAUUGCUGGAGCUACAAGGUGAUGAUUCUUCCAAGACCAUGUUGCUCAUAGAUUUUUCCAACGUCUUCAAUCUCGUUGACAGGUCCAGCAUCAUUAAAGAGGCGUGCAGCAGGGUGACCCCCUCGGUUCCCUUCUUUUUGCACUAGCCAUUCAUCCUCUUGUCGUGUACUUUGGAUCUUCAUGCGUGGUACCUAGAUGAUGGCACCAUAUUUUGGGACUACGGAAGUAUCUAAAUCUUUGAAGAUUAUACAAGACGAUGGCCCUAGUUAUGGUUUGCACCUGAAUAUAUCGAAGACCAAAAUUUUCUGUCCUUCUUAUGACCCAAGAAGAGACAACUGCGACGUUUUCUCUCCUAAUAUUGGUAAACCAGUGGAUGGGGUUAAGCUCCUUGGAGGACCAGUCAACUUGAGAUUUUUGCAGCAACAUGGUGUUGUCGAGGGUUGACAAAGCAGUGCAAUUAAUGGGCAAAAUCCAAGAACUAUAGGAUCCUCAAAGUGAGUUACUCCUUUUGCGUAACUGCACUGGGGUUACCAAGCUGUAUUUUACCUUCCAUACUACAAGUCCUAAAGCUAUUCAACCGUCUGUUGCUCUGUUUGAUAAACAUCUCUUGGAUUAUUUGCGCCGUUUGGUGGUUGGUGACAGUGUUGGCUUCGGUUUGGUCCAACAAAGACUGACCACACUUCCCAUUAAGGACGGUGGUCUGGGUGUGCUUACAAUGGUCGAUACACGUAUGUACUGUUACCUUGCAUCUCAUGCUCAAACUUAAC